AUGUUUGCCUUCAGCACGCUCUCCAUCCUCGCGACCCUCGCUCUCAGCGCCUUCACGUCCGCGGCACCCUUCGCUUCUACCGGCGUUGUCAGCUCCGUAGAAGACCUCGUUGCCGUCCCCGAUGUUCCUUCGUUGGUUCCUCGUGCAACUGCGGGUGUAUAUGAGGUCAUAACCACUGUGACCGAGACAAUUCGUCCUCAGGUCGCUGAGCUCACGUUCCUUACUGCGCAAAAUGCGACGGUUGACAACAUCAGUAACAUCGUUGUUGGCAUUAGGACUGUUCUGGGUACAGCCCUCGUCGACGUUCAGGGUCUUAUGUGCGAGUCGACCGACGUCAUUCUCGCUCCCAUUGAGGGAACCGUCUUGAUCACCGUCGCUGAGCUCGCUGAGGUCGUUUCGGAGCUGCUGAUUCUCGUCUUCGAGGCGCUUGGCUUUGUUUUGACAAUCGUCUCUGCCGACAUCCUGCCCUCCGUCACCUACCUGCUUGCCUCCCUUGCCGAGGUCGUUGGCUGCCUGCUAUGCGCGGUCAUCAUGCUUGUUGACAAUAUCUUGGUGGGACUGGUUGGCGCUCUCGUGCCUCUGAUUUCCUCCAUUCUGUCCAUCAUUGGUUCACUCAACAUCACCAUCAUUGUUGCGGUCCUCGGCCUUUCUAUCUGA